GGUUAUCGUCGCAGUUCUUUGUUCCAAAAAAGGUGGCUAGACUCUUUGAUCAAAAAAUCUCAUUUUGCAUUAUCAGAAGUCUAGGCCUGACACUGAAUUACUCGUACUUUUUGCGUUUCUUCUUCUUUCUUUGCAUGCGUGUGAUCAAAAACACAUUCUUCAAGGCACAUUUCUUAUUCUUUUUAUUCCAAAACAUUAUUGAGCUCAUUGAACUGCUUCCCAAGCACUAGCUGAAGGAUACCUUUAUUUUUUUGACAGCAAGGAUACCGUACACCGUCGGUCUUUUUGGUUUACGCAACUAUUCUUCGAUUUUCUGACUUCUUUUUUUCUUUUCUUUUUUAGCUCUCGCCCAUUAGCACCAUGUUUACGGAUUCGUUGUUGCUGUCUCUUGCGCAACGCAUCGAUUCGCAAUACGCCCUGCGACAUGACCCCAAGAUUAAGCCGCUAGCGUAUGGAACUGCAGGCUUCCGCACUACUGGGGAGCUCUUGCCACCGGUCGCUGCGCGCGUGAUCACAAUUGCCAUUUUGCGAGCAUGGUUCUGCGGUGCGCGUCAAGCUCCUGAAAGGCAGUGUGCGACGUGCUCUGUCGGGUUCAUGAUAACCGCGUCUCACAAUCGAGCAUUCGACAACGGCUUUAAAAUCAUUGAUACAAACGGCGGAAUGCUUGCCGCGUCGUGGGAGCAUUGGUGCACUGAAGCUGCGAACGCUGUCACCGGUGCUGAGCUUGUAAGUGUUAUCAAAAAAUGCGUUGGAACGGAAGAGAUAAAGCACGUGUCUGAGUUUAAAAGUCCAUGUGGUGUUGUUUUGAUCGGUCGAGACACAAGAGAGACCGGCGCAACCAUUGAGGCUGCAGCUGCUGACAUUUUGAGCAUCGUGCUGCAGAUCCCUUUUACAGCAUAUGGCGUAUUGACGACUCCGCAAUUACACUAUAUGGUGGAAAGAGCAAACGAAUCCGACGCAGUUGCGGAUCACAUCAAGUUGGAUGCAUACCAUGAGCAAAUUCUCUCCAGCUUCGAAGAACUCUUAACGUAUACGAAUAAAGAAAACGUGAAGGGCUCGCUUUCACCGCAGUCUGUGGUUGUCGAUUGCGCAAAUGGUGUGGGCGCUCUUGGAAUGCAACGUCUUCUUUCCUAUUCCCGCUCUCGCGCGAAGGGGGACAUAUUAUCGGAAGUGUUCUCGUUGGAGCUGGUAAACGACAUUGUGGAAAACCCAGCCCUGCUCAACGAAAACUGCGGUGCCGACUACGCAAAGCUACAUGCAAGACCUUCUGAGAGCAUGCGGAAGUGGCCGCUUUCAGGCAGUGCUAUCGUCGACUCAGCAAAGACGCAUUUUUACUGCUUGGACGGCGAUUCUGACCGACUCGUGGCAUUCUUUUACAACAAUCGCAGUAACAACGACUGGGUUCUGCUUGACGGCGAUCGCAUUGCAAUCUUGUACGCCAUGUUGCUGCACAAAUGGCUUGGUGAAAAGCAUAUGAGGGAGCUUGACGUCGGAGUGGUGCAAACUGCUUACGCAAAUGGCGCCUCAACGGACUUUCUUAAGUCAAAGCUGCGUAUGCCUGUUUACAUUGCUGCAACGGGAGUCAAAAAUUUGCAUCCUGUUGCCCAUGCUCGGGAUAUUGGUGUGUAUUUCGAGGCAAAUGGUCACGGAACCAUGCUUCUUUCCGACAAGUUGGUCAAGGGCGGCUGUGCUGCACAUUCAGAAAACCUCAUGUCUUUGAUGAACAAUCUUCGAGGCUUGUUGUCGCAGGUUUGCGGAGAUGCUAUCGGCGACUUGCUUAUGUGUGAGGUGGCUCUGCAGGCGUUGGACAUGAGUUUUGAGGACUGGGCAGCAUUGUAUGCGGACCGUCCAUGUAACAACUGA